CUCUUUUCUCCAUGCUCUACUCUCUCUCUCUCUCUCUCUUUAGUUACUUAUUCACUAUACCUUGAUCAUAGCUCAAGGACAAUUUUGAGAGGCUAUCUUGCAAGUCUUUAAUUUCCAUGAUCAUGGGAUACCAAAAGCCUGCAUGGUUGGAAGCUCUUUACACACAAAAGUUCUUCGUGGGGUGCUCUUACCAUGAGAACGCUAAAAAGAAUGAGAAGAAUGUCUGCUGCUUAGAUUGCUGCACCAGUAUUUGUCCUCACUGCUUGCCAUCUCAUCGCUUCCACAGGCUUCUUCAGGUUCGCCGUUACGUUUAUCAUGAUGUUGUUAGGUUGGAAGAUCUUCAGAAACUCAUAGAUUGCUCCAACGUUCAGGCCUAUACCAUCAAUAGUGCCAAGGUGGUGUUCAUCAAGAAGAGACCUCAAAACCGGCAAUUCAAAGGAUCAGGAAACUACUGCACCUCCUGUGAUAGAAGCCUCCAAGAGCCUUUUAUCCAUUGCUCCCUUGGAUGCAAGGUGGAUUUUGUUCUGAAACACUAUAAGGACCUCUCUCCCUACUUGAGAACAUGCAACUCCCUACAGCUAAGCCCUGACUUUUUGAUCCCACAAGAUAUGGGGGAUGAGGAAAUGACUCGUUCUACCGUUGUGGAUUGUGAUGAACCAAUGAGCUCAUCUUCAGGUUCAUCAGGGUCAGAGAAUAACAUGAGCAUGAACAUGGCUUGCACAGAGAUCGUUAGGAAGAGGAGGAGUGGAUGGAGCACUGUUUGUGCAAAAUUCAUGGCCAAUAGCAAUAAGGUUUCUGAUGAAGACAUGGCCAUAAGCAUGAGUAGAAGAAAAGGCAUCCCUCAUAGAUCCCCUCUGUGUUAGCUACAUUACUAAUGAACAAGCACAAGCACCCCCAACAAAGGAAAAAAAAAAAAGAGGAAAAUAAUGGAUUACCACUUACCAGUUUACUAGUACUUCAAUUUUUAUUUUUUUUAAUUACUAUGAUAUGAUGAUAUUUUGACUGAGGUGAAAUGUUCAAAGUUCUCUCUCUCUCUCUUUCUCUCGAAA